AAAAUCUGAACAUAUAGCGAGAAAGAGGAGACAGCGAUAGUAACGAGCAGAGUUUGCAGAAAGCACCAUGGCACUUUGUCGUCGGAGUACAAGGCUUAGAGUAGCUGCUUUCCGUGUUUUAUUUUCAACGAAUCGUCCAAACGAUCGAUUCUUUGGUAGCAAAUUUCAAGUGAGAAGCUUAUCAAAUCAAAGUGAGAGUGAUGGAGAAUCCUCCUCAAAUAAAGGAGCCUUGACUGGUCUUCGUGUUCUUGAUCUGAGCAGAGUCUUGGCUGGUCCAUACUGCACCAUGAUUCUGGCUGAUAUGGGAGCAGAGGUUAUUAAAAUUGAAAAGCCAGGGGAGGGUGAUGACACCCGAUCUUGGGGCCCACCGUUCUGUGGCACUGAAAGUGCUUACUUCUUCUCAGUCAACCGCAAUAAAAAAAGUGUAACAGUGAAUAUCAAACAACCUGAAGGUGCAGCUAUAGUUAAACAGCUGGCUCAUAAAUGUGAUAUUCUUGUAGAAAACUAUCUGCCAGGAAAAUUGUGUUCCAUGGGGCUGGGUUAUUCACAGCUUUCCAGGGAAUGUCCACAUCUUAUUUACUGCUCCAUCACAGGCUAUGGUCAGACUGGGCCAUAUGCCAAACGUGCUGGCUAUGAUGUGAUUGUCUCUGGAGUUGGUGGACUCAUGCAUAUCACAGGACCAAAAGAUGGAGAACCUUGUAAAGUUGGGGUGGCCAUGACCGACCUUUCUACAGGUCUUUAUGCCCAUGGAGCCAUUAUGGCAGCAGUUCUGCUCCGCCAGAAGACAGGAAAAGGCCAGCACAUUGAUUGUAGUCUUCUUUCUACUCAGGUGGCAUCUCUUGUCAACAUCGCAUCUAAUUAUCUAAAUGCUGGGAAAGAAGCUACAAGACAAGGCACUGAACACCCCAGUAUUGUACCCUAUCAGGCUUUCAGAACUCUGGAUGGCUUUAUUCUUCUUGGUGCUGGUAAUGAUGGGCAGUUUAAGGUUUUGUGUAAAUGUUUAGAUCUGGCAGUUCUGGCCACUGAUGAGAGAUAUCUGACCAACAACCUUCGAGUCAUCAACAGAGUUUCCCUUCUUGAUAGCUUAUCUAAAAGAAUAUCCAAGCUUUCAACUAAGGAAUGGCUAGUGAAGUUGGAGAACAGUGGUAUUCCCUAUGGACCCAUCAACAACAUGGAAGCUGUGUUUUCCGAUCCCCAGGUGCAGCAUCUUCAGCUUAUUCAAGAAAUUCCUCAUCAGACAGCUGGUCUUGUCCGUUUGCCUGGCCCUGCUGUGAAGUUUAGCCAGAGUCCUACAGUCGUCCCCACGGCUCCCCCAAUGUUGGGACAGCAUACUGAGGAGGUGCUGCAAGGGCUUCUUGGAAUGGAUGAAUUGACAUUUUCAGAGUUACGUAAAAGCAAAGUAAUUUGACACAACUCGGACUAAACACAGUCAAUGUAUAUUUCCCAUUUUCUUACAGAUGUAGUCGCUCUGUAUGAUGAUGAUAAUAAAGCAAGGAUUAUUUAAUUUCGUAUGUCUCAUGGGGAAGGAGACAUGUUUUAGUUUUAAACAUUCUUAAUUAUUCAUGUAAUGAGAAUAAUUAAAUGGCGAUUUAAAGGUCACAAUCGUACGACUAACUGGUUAAGCUUACCACGAUUUCCUGUUUGUAUGCCCUAAGUAUGUUGUAGUCAGUUUUUGUGCUUUAUUUCUGAUUUAUUUUCAACGUAUUAGACCUGGGAGAUAUUAUAGUACGUAUCGAGAUAUUAACAUGUUACAGUGGAGGGACGAUUCGAUAGCAGUGAAAAUGACUACAAUAAAAUAUAUAUGUCUUUAACAUGGUUAUUCAGAUUGUGGGAAGCCUUAGGUAUUUUACAUUUUCCUUCCAUUUUGUUUGAAAUAGUAUUCUGGAUAUUUACGAGAUCUUAUCACAAUUUUUAUUUUCUUACAUUUUGUAGCAAGGUAGACCGUUGAGCACGACUCGAUGUUGAAGCGAGGUAUGCGAAGAGAAUGUACUGAACCUUACAAGAAAAAAAUUCUACAAAGUUAAAUUUAACAGUUGAGAAACAAAUGAAACUUUUAGGUUCAAAUUAUUAUAGCUUGCAGGUGAUGUGGAUAGUGGACUA